AUGGAUCCUGUUUUCUACUUCAAGUCAGUCGAAGAUCGUUCUUCGACAUGGUUUUGGUCGACUGUCAUGGUUACAGCAGCUUGGAAUAUGCAGCCAUUAGAAAGCGGUGCCACUGGACUCACUGUGGAAACAAAUGCGGAUGCUCUUCCGCUACCAAUGCGGAUUGGUUGGCUUAAUGACUACUGCUUGCAAGCCAACAUAAACAUCCCCUGGGUAGAGAAAUGCUCAACAAACAGGACAAAACAAAAAUGGGCUCUUUAUGAAGAUGGAUCUAUACGUCCUCAGAAUAACCAAGACAUGUGCCUCACUAGCAAUAGUGGUAAAGCCGAAAGAAGCAUCAUACUCAUCCAAACUUGUAGUCCUGGGUUAUCUAAUCAAGUUUGGGGGAUUAGAGGGGAUGGCAUCAUAUACUUGAGUCCGUAUAAUGGAUUAGUGAUGGUUGUGUUCUAUGCAGAUCCUGUGUAUCGUCAACUAAUCCUUUGGCCGUACAAUGGGAAUAAUUCCCAAAAAUGGAAAUUGAUGCUGUAG